UGUUCUAUAUGACAUUCAUUCAAUGUUUUGUUUCAGCACGCGUGUCGUAUUCAAAAAGGUUGUACAAUACAAUACCGUUUAAAUCGGGAAAUUAUAUGAUUGCCGGCCUCACAGUAUUGCACAAACAUGAGUUUGCGGACAGAUAAGAAAUUUUCUGACCUUGGUUUAACUUACUGGAUAACACGGCAAACUGAAAAGCUUGGUCUGCGAAGUCCGACACCGAUUCAAGUCGCAUGCAUUCCACGUAUCUUAGAGGGACAGGAUUGUAUUGGUGCGGCCAAAACUGGUUCGGGGAAAACGUUUGCUUUCGCAUUGCCAAUACUGCAGAAGCUUAGCGAAGAACCGACGGCUAAUUUUGCGCUUGUGCUCACACCAACGCACGAAUUAGCCCACCAGAUAGCGGAACAGUUUGUUGUUGCUGGCCAACCGAUGAACGCGCGUGUUUGCGUAGUAACGGGUGGUACCGAUCUUUUGCUUGAAAGCCAGCAGCUACAGAAACGUCCACACAUUAUCGUGGCCAUGCCAGGGCGAUUGUCCGACCAUCUGACCGGAUGCAAUACGUACUCGUUCGCUGCACUCCAGUUUCUGGUGGUUGACGAAGCCGACCGAAUGCUGAGCGGAAGCUUCGACGAAGACCUGACGGUGAUUAACCGUUUCCUCCCGGAGAAACGCCAGAAUUUAUUCUUUUCAGCCACACUAAAGGAUUUUCUGAAGACCUCGAUAGUGUUUCCAAUCGCGGACGAUGUGUUCGAAUGGUCUGAACAAUCACAGGUAGCGACGGUAGAAACGCUGGAUCAGCGUUACCUAUUGUGCGCCGACUACGAUCGAGAUACCGUCCUGGUGGAGGCAUUGCGCAAGUACAAGGAGGAGAACGAAGAUGCGAGCAUCAUGAUUUUUACCAAUUCGAAAAAAGAUUGCCAAAUCCUAUCGAUGGCGCUGAACUCGUUCGGGUUUGAAAAUGUUUGUUUGCAUGGAUUUCUGCGGCAGAAGGAGCGCGUGGCGGCACUGAAUAAAUUCAAAUCCAAACACGUGCGUAUCAUGAUCGCAACCGAUGUCGCCAGCCGAGGGCUCGAUAUACAUGAUGUACAAUUGGUCGUGAAUCAUCGCCUGCCGAAAAAACCGAUCGAAUACAUUCAUCGGGUGGGCCGCACAGCGCGUGCCGGGCGAUCCGGAAUGGCAGUCUCAAUUUUACGCUUUCCAAGGGAUUUAGAAGCUCUCGGAGAAAUUGAGAGUCUCAUCAAUACAAAACUGACAGAAUAUUCCGUAGAUGAUCGGCUGGUGCAACGUAUCUUCAUGCAGGUAAAGGUGGCACGUGCCGAAGCUGAGAUGAACCUGGACAACAAGGAUUUCGACGAGCGACAGCAUAAGUAUCGCCGCCUGCGCUGGAUAAAGGACGGUCACGAUCCGGAGGAAAUGGAAGCGAAGUGGAAAGAAGAAAUGAAAUCACGGGAACAAAUGCGACGCGAACGUUUACGGCAGGAGAAUGAAGAAAGACGCCAGCGGGACAAACAGACAAUGAGUAGCCCGUCCGUGAUGAACGAUGCUCGAUUCCAAGCAGCCGCAGCAGAUAAAAAAUUUAAGAAACGAAAAUUCAUUGCCCCCGAGAAGCUGAACGAACUCAUAGAAAAGCGUAAAACCGAACCGAAAGGUAAGAAGUCUCAGGACACCAAAAAAGAUAAAAAGUUUGCUAAGAAAAAGCCGAAGGUGGCAGAAUAAAAGCGCCUGCACAUGCUGAGUUCUACACUGAACAAAAACUACCGA